GGCGUGGGACUUCACAUGAGCGAGAUACUGUCGACCGACCCAUCCCACCUACUGGAUGCUGGGGCAAUAACAUUCGCUGGCUACUUCGUGUGGUCAACUAGUGUGACCUGCAUCAAGCUAUCCAUUCUUCUCGGAUACCACGACUUCUUCUUCGUCAUAACGUGGUUCGUGCGAUGCGUCUAUGUUGUAAAAGGUCUUACCGUCCUAUUAUUUCUCGCCAACAUCAUCGGGCUUCUCGCCGGAUGCUCUCCGAUACAAUACAACUGGGAUACCAGCAUUCCUGGAGGUCACUGUGGAAUAACCCGAAGCCAAAGCUUUUACCUCUCCGGGGCUUUGAACUUAGCGCUUGACAUAAUCAUCGUUGUGCUACCGUUGCCUGUAAUCUGGACUUUGAGGGUUUCUGGGUUGAGGAAAUUGGGCAUAAGCCUCAUGUUUUCGCUCGGUGCGAUGUAA